CGAAUAAACAGUUUCAUUACCAAUAAUACUCCUGUGUUAUUCAAAAUAUAGUUAUUAGUAUUCUGUUUUGCUUAACAUACAUAGUUAGAUUAAAAAACAACACCUCUUUUGCACUUGACGUUAUAUAUAAUAAUAUUAUUGCGAUUUUUGAGUUAGCUGCUGUCGUUUGUGGAGAUUCCUUAAGCUGGAGCUUUGAUUUGAAUUUGUGUCACAGUCAGGGUUUCUGCAGUAAAGAUGGCAGCCUCUCUGCUUAGGGUAGGACGGCUCGGAUCUCUCAGGUGUCUGCAGACUGAGGGCUGGAGUCAUGUCAGAAGAGCUCCUGCUGUAACUCUUAGCUCAAAAUCUGGGGACGGAAAGAAGUCCAAAAAGUCAUAUAAAGAAAAAUCGGCACCAAAAACGUACUUCGAUAUAGAAAAACUUGUCCAGCACAGAUCAUAUGUGGAAUUCCCCAAGAAGGAAGUUGCAGCUUCAGUUGCUGCUGCCUCUACAGAAGCUGCAUCUACUGCUGCCGUUGCACCUGCAGCUGAAGCCUCUGCAGUUGACACCGCUGCCUCUGCAGCUGAAACUGUUGCACCUGUAGUUGAAGCCGCUGCCUCCGUAGCUGAAACUGUUGCCCCUAUAGCUGAAGUUGUUGCACCUGCUGAAGCCGCUGUCCCUGUAGUUGAAGCCGCUGCCCCUGCAGCUGAAGUUGUUGCACCUGCUGAAGCCACUGCCCCUGUAGUUGAAGCCACUGCCCCUGUAGUUGAAGCCGCUGCCCCUGCAGUUGAAGCCGUUGCCCCUGUAGUUGAAGCCGCUGCAGCUGAAGUUGUUGCAUCUGCUGAAGCCGCUACCCCUGCAGUUGAAGCUGCUGCCCCUGUAGUUGAAGCCGCUGCCCCUGCAGCUGAAGCCGUUGCACCUGCUGAAGCCGCUGCCCCUGCAGUUGAAGACGCUGCCCCUGUAGUUGUAGACGCUGCCCCUGCAGUUGAAGCCGCUGCCCCUGUAGUUGAAGACGCUCCCCCUGUAGUUGUAGACGCUGCCCCUGUAGUUGAAGACGCUGCCCCUGCAGUUGAAGAUGCUGCUCCUGCAGUUGAAGCCGCUGCCCCUGUAGUUGAAGACGCUGCCCCUGUAGUUGAAGACGCUGCCCCUGUAGUUGAAGACGCUGCCCCUGCAGUUGAAGACGCUGCUCCUGCAGUUGAAGCCGCUGCCCCUGUAGUUGAAGCCGCUGCCCCUGUAGUUGAAGCCGCUGCCCCUGUAGUUGAAGCCGCUGCCCCUGCAGUUGAAGACGCUGCUCCUGCAGUUGAAGCCGCUGCCCCUGCAGUUGAAGACGCUGCUCCUGUAGUUGAAGAUGCUGCUCCUGUAGUUGAAGAUGCUGCUCCUGUAGUUGAAGCCGCUGCCCCUGUAGUUGAAGCCGCUGCCCCUGUAGUUGAAGCCGCUGCCCCUGUAGUUGAAAACGCUGCUCCUGUAGUUGAAGACGCUGCCCCUGCAGUUGAAGCUGUCGCCCCUGCAACUGAAACCGUUGCACCUGCUGAAGAUGCUGCUCUUGCAGCUGAAACCACUGCUUCUACAGUUGAAGCUGCUGCCCCUGCAGCUGAAGCUCCUGCUGCACCAGUACCUGAAGCCGCACCCACAGAAGAAGCCCCUGCCCAAGAAGCAAUUGCUGCAGUUGUAGAAACAGUCAAUGAAGUAGUUGCAGAAGCUGCCCCUAUUGAGCCAGUUGCAGAGGCAGCUCCUGCUGAAGAGCUGGUAGAUUCUGCCCCUGUGAUCACAGAUGCUACUGAAGUUCCAGCAGAAGUUGUGGAGACGCCUGAGGCUGGAUUGGACCCCAUUCAGAAACUUUUCCUAGAUUCAAUUCGCGCAUACUCCACAAAAAGCGGUGCCGCUGGUGGUCUAGUUGAUGCCGGUCCAGAGUAUCACAAGGCUCUUGCUGAGGAAAUAGCCAAACUGCAGCGUUUGUACGGUGGUGGUGAUCUGACUUCCUUCCCAGAAUUCAAAUUCCCAGAGCCUAAAUUUGAUGAAGUGUCCUCCAAGUAAACGUCUGUUUUCCUCUCCUGUGCCUCAGCCCAAUUUUGUGAAAGAGGUCUUUAAAUGACUUGUCUUUCAUCUGUGAAAGUGAACAUUUUGUGAGAUUUUUUAAUUCUGUCAGACUCUAAAUACUAAAUGUAUUGUACCAUAUGUACUGUAACGCACAUAUGGAAGAGAACAUUGCUUAGCUGUGAAAUAAAUGCUUGUUGCUUUCCAUAGUGUUUGUCAGUGAGUUUAAGUAUUUGGGGAAAGAGCUGAAUAAACUGAGCCAACACAUA